AUGUCCUCUAGAAAACCAGUCGUCAUUAUUGGAACAGGUCUUGCUGGUUUAUCAGCCGGUAACCAACUAGUUAACAAGUACAAAAUCCCAAUUGUCCUUUUAGAUAAAGCUGCUAACAUUGGUGGCAAUUCAACAAAGGCCUCUAGUGGUAUCAAUGGUGCUUUCACAAUGACCCAAAAAACUUUGAAUGUUCAAGACUCCCCAGAAUAUUUUACCAAGAUACAGUUAAAUCCGCCAAACGAAGGUGUCGAUACCUUGAUGAAUAAAUUAGCUAACGAUUCUAGCUCUGCAAUUGAAUGGUUACAAAAUGAUUUUGGUAUCAAGCUAGAUUUGCUAGCACAAUUAGGUGGUCACUCUGCUCCAAGAACUCACAGAUCAUCUGGCAAAUUGCCACCAGGUUUUGAAAUUGUCUCGACAUUAUCCAAGAACUUGCAAGCAUUGGCCGAAAAAGAUCCAAAGUUAGUCAGCAUCUUAUUGAACAGUAAUGUCGUCGAUGUCUCUGUUGACACACAAGGAGCUAUUUCCGGUGUCAAUUAUGUUGAUGGUGAUGGUAACAACAAAACAAUCGAAACAAAACAUGUUGUAUUCUGUUCUGGUGGGUUUGGUUUCUCUAAGGAAAUGCUAAAAGAAUAUGCUCCUGAAGUUGUCCAUUUACCAACUACUAAUGGUUCUCAAACUACUGGUGACGGUCAAAGAAUAUUGAAGAAAUUAGGAGCUGAUUUGAUUGAUAUGGAUCAAAUUCAAGUUCACCCAACUGGGUUCAUCGACCCAACUGACCCAGAGGCUGGUAACAAAUUCUUGGCUGCUGAAGCUUUGAGAGGUCUAGGUGGUAUUUUAUUAAAUCCAAGUACCGGUAAGAGAUUUGUUAAUGAAUUAACAACCAGGGAUGAAGUUACCGCUGCCAUCCAAAAAGAAUGUCCAUCCACUAAAAACAAUGCCUAUUUAGUCAUGAGCAAAAAUGUUUAUGAAGCUUAUAAGAACAAUAUGGAUUUCUACUUAUUCAAGAAAUUGAUAAAGAAGACUACUGUCAAGGAAUUUGUUGCUGAAUCCAACUUUCCAAUUAGUGCUGACGAAUUAGCUACUAGUUUGCUCAAAUAUUCUACCGACGCUUCCGAUGAGUUCGGAAGAACUGUCACUAUCAACUCAUUCGGAUCAGAUGUUAAUGCUGAUACUGAAAUUUUUGUCGGUACAGUUACCCCAGUUGUCCAUUUCACUAUGGGUGGUGCUAAGAUCAACACUGACGCUGAAGUCGUCAAGAAAGAUGGCUCUAUCUUGGCUCCAGGUUUAUAUGCUGCUGGUGAAGUUUCUGGUGGUGUUCACGGUGCAAACAGAUUAGGUGGUUCCAGUUUGCUGGAAUGUGUUGUCUUUGGUAGAACUGCUGCUAACAGUAUCGGUGCCAACUAUAAUUGA